AGUGCCGUGCCGUGAAAUCGUGGCCCAGCAGUAGUCAGUAGUCGAACGACCCCCGAACUCCUCGCUGGAAAUCGCGAGGUGAGGAAGGCCGUGAUGCCGGGCGAAGGUGGCUCAACGGAUGCCCCACCGCCACCAUCUGGCUUGGGCAACUUCAAAGGAGUAAUGCUCUGCAAUAGGCCCAGUGACGACUCCAAAGUCGUCAGCGAAGCAAAGCAACCGUUCAGGUCUGCAGUGGCCUAUACCUCAGACCUGGGCCUUACACCAGUGAGGAACUUUGAGCCGACAGUCAAGAAGAGGGGUCCUAGCGCUGCUCUUCGAAGACAUGUGGACGAUGCUUUGAUACCUGCGAGCCUGUGGGGGAGAGGCAGUUUGCUAUUUUGGGUUGGAGACUUGGCCACAGCCUUUGGUCACGCGAAGAUCUCCAAGGUUUCAGCAUAUCAGCGAUGGCUCCGAGAACUUCAACAGCAGAUGCGAGAAGAUCGCGAUCAGGCUGAACAGGAAGGGCAGGAUGAGGAAGAGAAGAGGCAGAAGAUGAAAGCAGCUUUUGACAAGCAUAGAAAAGCAGUCCGUGAUAUGAUGAAGGAAAGAGAUGAUAAGCAAAAGGAGGAGGCAGCCGCUGCCCAAGCUGAAAAAGCUGCAAAAGCCGCAGAGGCGAAGGCAAAGGCAACAGAGAACUCGGUGCCGCUCUCUGAGAUUGCACAUGCUGCGGCGAUCAGCGCCGUGGAUAGACCAGCUCCAAAGGUGUCCAAGCCUCUCUGGGCUAUGACAGAGCAGGAAAAGGAUCACUUUGAGGAGGAGGAGGCCGACGACCUCAUCAACUUUGUUGAACAUCUUGAUUUUGACAAGUAUGUUGGAGACUUGGAAUUUCGGCAGGCGUUGGGAGCUCUGAAAGACCGCACUGGGAAGUUGAAGAAGGAACAGGACGCGUUUAAGGAUGAGCUCCUGGCCAAUUUCAACGUUAGCUACGAUGAUGAGGAUGAGGCAAGCACUGCAGCUGGCAGUGCUAAGCUGGAGGAGGGCGUGGACGGUCAGAGCAUCUUUGGUGACCUCAAGAGCGAGUAUAGUGUCGCAUCCAGCAGACGAUCCAGGAGAGAAGAUCGAGAAAAUGGGCAGAAAGACUGGGACCACUCAACCAACCCAGAUGAACGACCUGUUGUAGAUCAAGAGGUCAAAGACAUGGCUGAGGCGGUCUUGGAGCAGAACCCCAAGUUUAGAGCGAUCCAUUCUGGGGCUUCUGUCCAGAAGAUCAUCGAGAAGGUGCAGAGAGAACCGGCAGCAGAAAUCAAAUUAGUUGAUCACAUGCGCCUUGAAGCUCCCUGCCCUGUGCCGGUGAUCACUGCGUCUUCGGACACACAAACUCGGCUUUUCAAGCCUGUUGACCCAUCAAUGCUCCCGUACCUGUACCGUUCCCCAGCCAUUUGACGUUGAGGCUGAUGACUCUCUGUGUGAAGCAUCGCGCGAAGCGCGCAGCACGGUGAGCUGUUCAAAGAACAAAGUCAGCGAACGGGUCAGCUGGUACUUUAACGAACAUGAUGAGCACGAUCAAAGUGUGCUCCACGUACUCUUGUUUGGCAGAAUCAUGCGUAAUUUGCUGAGCUGUUUGGCAACCAGAGCACCGGUUGGUUCUGUCGGUCGGUUUCACUAAUUCGCGAACUGAGCGAGCACCAGCUUUGGAGCAAAGUCACUAAAAA